AUGCACACCCUCAAGUAUGUCCUUCUCGCCAUCUCUGGUGCAAGCCUUGUCUUCGCCAGUGCACCCCCGACUUUGACAAAACGCGCAUCCUGGGUUGCAGCUUUCUACAAAUUGCUCCAAAUCCGUCUCCCGGGAAAAGUCGUCGGCUCCGGUGAAAGAGCCUGCAGUCCUGUCGACGGUGCUGAUUGUUUGAAUGGAAGCCCGGACUUUCGUAGCGGAUACAUGGUCUGUGCCUAUCAUGGGGCGAAUUGUGAUGGAUGGAGGACGGGUCUGGGUGACUCGGGGCUCUCUGGGCAUGCUGUUAUUUAUGAGAAUGGCUACGUUCAGUCUAUUAACUCGUAUAAGGUUAUUUCGUCUGGGUCGUGCUAA